CUACCGAUUGUGCUCGUUGGCUACGAAAAGUGGUUUUACCCCGAAGUGAAAUCGAACAGCCGCGUGAAGUGAUUCUAUGCGGACGAAUCUAUAUCGAACUGCCCUCGCGAAUUUAUAACAAUUUUACGAACAGUAGAAAGUCUGUCAAAUUUGCUAGACCCUGUUGGACGAAUGCGAUAAAAUCACUAAACUAUUAACGAUAUGGCGACCGAGGGCGGUCAAGCACCGGAUGCUGCAGCAGGUGCAGGUGCAGCAGGUGCCGAUGGAAUCGUCGGAGGUCCCAGGACGCCUCAGCAGAUCGCCUCGCAAAAACGACUGCAGGCGACGCAGGCGCAGGUCGACGAGGUCGUCGACAUUAUGAAAACGAACGUUGAAAAGGUCCUGGAGCGUGAUCAGAAGCUUUCAGAACUCGACGAUCGAGCAGAUGCGCUUCAGCAAGGAGCGUCACAGUUUGAACAACAGGCAGGAAAGCUGAAAAGGAAGUUCUGGCUACAAAAUCUAAAGAUGAUGAUCAUCAUGGGCGUCAUCGGACUCAUUGUAUUGGCCAUUAUCGUUGCGAAAUUCAUGCCAGAAUCAGCACCACCACCACCUCCUUACGGUUAUCCACCACCGGGAAUGCCAGUACAGGCACCAGGUCCCGUUCCAGCUCCAGCGGGUGCCGCCGCAUCAGGUGGAUCAGGAGGCGCUAGCGGACCACAAACCGCUGGUGCAGCGUUCGUUGGCAAUUUAGAUGGCAUUCACAGCGUGAUGUAAACAGGAAAACACCUCUGCACCAUACCGCAAUAAGAAUUUUUUCCAAGCUAAUCUUAAGCGAGCAAAAAUUUGUUGGCGUCGAAUCAAAGCUAAAAAGGAAACUGAUCCGUACCGUAUACCCAAUGAAACCCUUUUCGGUAGGAACUCAGGUCCGAUUUUUCGGGCUUCUUUAAAAACAAUAGUACUUUCAUGAAAAAUGUGGCGUUUAAUUUACUUGCCAAAUUUCGACCGGAAAGGGUGAAUCCUUCGAUCAAUAGGUUUCUUCUGAUUUCGAUCUUAAGACAGAAAGAGAACAUCGAACCGGUUAACAAUGAAAUAAACGUUUUAAUCGAGGAACGAACAGCUAACGCGUUAACUGCCCCGAUUGAAAAACCACUGAAAAUCGAUCUGCCAGGUGUUCUAUCGCGAUCGAACGAGUGCCCAUUUUCUCCUUCCACGAUCUCAAUCAAUCGAGUCUCGAUAUGCCUAAACGUGAAACGAGGCAAAUACUAGUUCCUGUGAGAGCAGUUAAUGUGUUAAAUAUACGGCUACAAACUUGAGUUUCGUGUAGCUUUUAGGAACGGCAAACGUUAAACCUAUGUUAUAUUGGUACAAUAACCGAUAGACUAUACUGACGAUACCAGACCAUCCAUUAUACCCGUGUAAACGAUUGGACAAGUGGUUCAUAGAAUACUAAACGUUGGUAAAUUGCGGAGUACGCUAGUAUGAGGCAAUGAGAGAAACCUAGCGAUGUUACAUGAUGUGUACUAGGUUUUUCUCAAUAUAUGUCGUUCUACCAUUUACCUUAUCGAUAAAAAUUUAGUAUUCCAUUUCCGCGAUCUUGCGAGUACAAUAAAGGGAUGCAUUCCGGUAAAGUUAGCAUAGUCUACCAAUGUAAGCUAGGUUUAAUAUAAAUGUAAUUUAGGCUUUAGAACGCCGAUAGGGAAGAAAGUUGAUCGACCCUCCAGAACGUUUAUUUCCUAACAGAGAUAGCAAUCUAUCUAGAUAGAGGUAUUCUUGCGUGCAUCGUCGUUCUCGACUAAUCGAAUCUUCUCCACACGUAUUCCUUCGUAGUUAAUCAUAGGCGAGGAGAGAGAGAGAGGUCCGGUACGAGGGAAAACGAAAGAAACCGUGGAGGAUGAUGCUGAUCCGCUGUAUCGGUGGAUGAACAUGCGUAUCUUACGUAUAUACGUGUAAUGUGUACAUAAAUUAUUACAAAUUGUCAAUGUAAGAAUGAACUAUACAUAUAUACAUAAUAUAUAAAAUACAUAUAAAUAAUGUGACUUAUAAAUAUGUAGUAAAUACGAACAAGAAACCAAGAGAGCGAGAGAGAGAGAGAGAUAGAGAGUAAACGAGAGAGAGAGAAAGAGAGGGAGAGAAAGAGAGAUUGUUAAAUUUUAUUAUUCUUUAUUAUUCACGCGGAAAGAUUAGCAAAUUGUCGUGAAUAUAUUUCGAGAAUCGAGAAAGAUGAUUUUUGCAAACUCUGUUUUUAUGGAUUCCAAUUUAUAGCUUAGGUAUAAUUAUAACUUUCACCGUUGUUCAUUCACGUGAACAUCACCACCUUGAAAUUGUUAGGCACUUCCGGAUGUAACACCUCUACGGCCGCCGCUAGAGUUUGGGGGCUCGAAAGAACUUGCUGAAGAAUUUCUGAAUUUAGAGAUUUUAAGAGUCGGAUAUUUGGAAACUUGUAGAUUCGGCAAAUUUCAGAAUUUCUAAAUUAAAAAGUUUGGAAGAGCCAUGAACCUGGCAAGCGUCCUCUUUGCCCAAUGCUAAUGGCGGUAGUCCUUGUUCGUUCUCUAGAAUCGCGAAUUGACGAACAUGAUCCGAAGAUAACUUCCUUUUUUCAUAAAGGAUAGUUCUUGGGUUGUAAAGUAUUGUAUAUUGUAUGAUAAGUUCGAUGAUCGACUAUCAGAUUAUUUGUAUAUCUCUCGGAAACGAUAAUUGAAAAAAGAAACGUUCAAGGAUGCGAUCGUGACAAAGGUUUUCUAUUAUUUUUAUGUGUGAAAUCGCACCGAAGAAAAUGCUCACUGUACUUAGUAAUCACUCUAACAUGUGAAAUCUUUAUUCGAAAAACGAGGACAUAGUUCUUUCGACGAUUGAAAUCCUCUUUUCUUUUUGCUGGCCUAAAUCCAUUCAGUUUUUAAAACUAUGAACAUCGUAGACGAAACGAUUAGUCGAAAUAAUUCAUACUUGUACGUACCAUCUUUGUGUACUCUAAUAGACUUCUAACGAAACCUUAAUCUCUAAAUUCCGAAAAUGGAGACACCGAGGAUCGAGAGAAACAUCUACUUGUUGUUAGAAUAAAAUUCAAUAAUCACCGCGUUGUUAACACAGGAAUGGAAAUAAAUUUAAGCAAAAUAUUCGUAAAGGGUUUGCGAUCGAACUUUAUCGAAAUAAGAUUCAUUUUGCUAAUACUUAGUUUUCAAACUGCAAUGAUCGAACAAUCUUUUAUCCUGAUAAAUCGAUAUCUCGAUGCAUACCUUCCUUGCUCAAAAUGCAAUUAAAACGUAAUCGUCCUUAAACCUUGAUCCCCUCCCUUUUUCUCCGAGAAAGCUUAUUAUUAUUGUGUCCACCACUCGAAUAAUAGAGGAAUGAUUAUUUAAGAGGUUUGUAAGUACGGCGAGAAUAAUUAUACAUAAAAAGGCUUCACCACAUAGGCAGUUAACAUAUUAUUACGAAGUAUAGAGAUACGAUUAAUAAUCGCGAUAAUUGAUUCAGUUGAACGUCAUUCGAUUUAAUGAUCGAGAAAUCUAUGUUCAUCUAGUUUUAGAUGUUACUGUAUAUUAGUCUUAAAUAAACACGAUUAUGACAACAACAA